UUGCUCCCCGGCCACUUACCCUAGCCAGACAUCCUUGGAAAAGUUGCAUUGGAAAAAAAAAUCUUUGCGCUGACCUUUGGGGUCCUGGGUGCCCAAGGAGCGGGCGUCCCAGUGCGUGCAAGAAAGCGGAAGGUGUGUGUGCAUGGGGGGCCGGCGGUGGGGGGACCCUCCGCUGCCGCUGCGCCUAGCCUGGUGCUGAGGCUCCGACCCUCGCCCCCAACCCCCACCCCGGGACCCCGGGGCUGCGAUGAGCCCCUGCGGGCGGGCCCGGCGACACACAUCCAGAGGGGCCAUGGCCGUCCUGGCAUGGAAGUUCCCGCGGACCCGGCUGCCCGUGGGAGCCAGUGCCCUCUGCAUUGUGGUCCUCUGUUGGCUGUACGUCUUCCCUGUCUAUCGGCUGCCGGACGAGAAGGAGAUCGUGCAGGGAGUCCUGCAACAAGGCACUGCGUGGAGGAGGAACCGGACGGCGGCCGGAAUCUUCAGGAAACAGAUGGAAGACUGCUGUGACCCCGCCCAUCUCUUUGCUAUGACUAAAAUGAAUUCCCCCAUGGGGAAAAGCCUGUGGUAUGAUGGGGAGUUUUUAUACUCAUUCACCAUUGACAAUUCAACUUAUUCUCUCUUCCCCCAGGCAACCCCAUUCCAGCUGCCCUUGAAGAAAUGCGCGGUGGUGGGAAAUGGUGGGAUUCUGAAGAAGAGCGGCUGUGGCCGUCAAAUAGAUGAAGCAGAUUUUGUCAUGCGAUGCAAUCUUCCUCCUUUGUCAAGUGAAUACACUAAGGAUGUUGGAUCCAAAAGUCAUUUAGUGACAGCUAACCCCAGCAUAAUUCGACAAAGGUUUCAGAACCUGCUGUGGUCCAGAAAGACGUUUGUGGACCACAUGAAGGUCUAUAACCACAGUUACAUCUACAUGCCUGCCUUUUCUAUGAAGACGGGGACAGAGCCAUCCCUCCGGGUUUAUUACACACUGUCAGAUGUUGGUGCCAAUCAGACAGUGCUCUUUGCCAACCCCAACUUUCUGCGUAGCAUUGGGAAGUUCUGGAAAAGUAGGGGAAUUCACGCCAAGCGCCUGUCCACAGGACUCUUUCUGGUGAGCGCAGCCCUGGGCCUCUGUGAAGAGGUGGCCAUCUAUGGCUUCUGGCCCUUCUCUGUGAAUAUGCAUGAACAGCCCAUCAGCCACCACUACUAUGAUAAUGUCCUGCCCUUUUCUGGCUUUCAUGCCAUGCCGGAGGAAUUUCUUCAACUCUGGUAUCUUCAUAAAAUUGGUGCACUGAGAAUGCAGUUGGACCCAUGUGAGGACGCCUCACUCCAGCCCACUUCCUAGGGACUGUGGAAAAAGAAAGGACUGAGCCAGGGUAUUUUUGUUAGGUUUUCUAUGUAACUUCAAAAGGAAAUGAUCAGGUCAUUUCAUGGAUUUGCAUGGACCACUUGGGAAAAAAUGACAACAGAAACCCAAGGGAAACUACUUUUACUGUUGGCUUGGAAGACAAAAAAAGAAGUGAACCACCCCAUGAAAUGUUUGGCACAUGGCGGAUUUGCAACUAGUAACAUGCUGAUUAAAUGAUGUUGGUAAAGCACAUUUACAUGAGCAGGUCCAGUUCACAAACAAGACAAAACUCUUGUUGUUGAAGUCAAGGAAUUAAGGUAGAUUAAAUGAAAUGCCAGAGUAGAAGUGUUAGUGGUUAUCAACCUGAACUGACUUAGUUUAAAAAAAAAAAAAAAAGCUAUCUUAAUCAGACUAACAUUAUUAGAACUAUAGGUUUUUAAAAAAUUCUUAAUUUUGCCCUAUUUAAGGGCAUUGAGUAGGUGAUGGGGUACAUUUUUUAAAAUCCCUUACUGAGUAAUAUGGAUACAAAACGCUACAGCUGAUAAUUGUAAUUUGUUCAACCAAGUCUUUGUUAACUAGAGUUCCCCUCCCUUCUAUUUAAAAAAUUGUUAAAUAAGAAUUACUUCCUCCCCUUUUGUCAAGUCCACUUAGACAAUGUGAAACAUUGUUGAAUUUAGAUUGUGUUGAUUCAUUGUCAGGAGGACGAGUCACUUUCCCUCCUCAGAAUUUAGGGCAUAAACUCAGUUUUAGGUCUGCAUCAUGCAAGCCUAUUUGCAUUAUUAUUGUGUGUGCUCAGUCACUCAGUUGUGUCCUACUCUCUGCAACCCCAUGGACCAUAGCCUGCCAGACUUCUCUGUCCAUGGGAUUUGGAGUGGGUUGUCAUUUCCUAUAUCACAGGAUCUUCCUGACCCAGGGACCGAAACCCACAUCCCUUGCUUAUUAUUUUAGUGCAAAAAACUACAAAUGCAAGUGCAUUAUUUGUUUGCAAAAUGGCAUAAUUGUCUUCAUAAUUUAAUGUUCAGAGAUGAAGUAAAGCACAAUGACAUCAAGCUUAGUCUCUGGAAGACAGACCGGAAGUACUUCCUUUUCUUUCUGCCAUGGUAAAUAGGUUCUCUCCAAGAUGAAGCAUAUGCAUGCACACAUAAAAGCAUGCAUAGACUCAUGUACACUCAUACACACAACUCAGACAAAGUUCAUUCCUGUGCAGCUAUGAAAGCAGAACCCAUAUGACCUGGGAUAGCAGAAAUCUGUAACUGGUGUUGGAGAGCUAUGAAUGCAUUACGUACUACCUACCACACCUUGCUACGAGACAAACCAGCUUACUGGUUGCUGCUCUAAUGCUCAUACCAGCAUGAGAUGUGAGCCUUACCCCCAAAUCACUCCAAAUGAACAGAACUGUUUUAGUGUAUGUGACUCCCCCCCACCGAUAUCUCAUGAGUAAAUCCUGUGUUACAUAUGGUCAUCAACACAUGGUUCACACCAGUAAAGGGAUGUGAGUUAGUAGUUGUUGAUUCCCUUAGUAACAGGUAGGACAGCUUAGAAGGCUCAUUACCUCAGCUUUGACACACUGCACCCAAACUCUGUUGACAGAUUACAGGCAGCCAAAUGUGUUUACAUACAGAGAAAGGGAAAAACAACCUCAAGUGGUCUUUGGGGGAUGUCUUACUCUAAAAGGAGACAGUAUAUUUCACUAACUUGAUUCUUUUAAGUGUCACCAGAAUGUAGGUAAACUGUACCCAAAUGUUCUGCUUCAUUUUCCUUGUAAAAAACUUAGUAUACCAUGUAGACUCAACCAGGUGGCAGGGUGGGGUGGGUUCAUUUAAAUAAUACCGAGAUGACAAAACUGUUGGAAAAAUUCUACAUCAUUGGGAUGUGGUGGCGCUCAGUCGCUCAGUCGUGUCUGACUCCUUGCAACCCCAUGGACUGUUGGCCACCAGGCUUCUCUGUCCAUGGACUUUUCCAGAAAAGCAUACUGAAGUGGGUUGCCAUUUCCUACUCCAGGGGAUCUUCCUGUCUAGGCAAUUUCUAAAUAAGAUUUAAUUUUGAGCUUAUUAGAGAGAUCAACAGUUAAAAUAUGACUGGUGACAUAACACAGAUUCUAAUGAUACUUAGAAAGUUAAGAAUUUAAGAGUAUUGAUUCUGAGCAGAUCCGAUUUGCUUUUUUGAUCCUAUUUGGCAGCAAAAAUGUAAUGAGAAUGUACUAUGAGUGAAUUGCAUUAAAUAUGCACGUCUGUGCAAUCCUGAAUAUAUUUCCUCUUUUGAGCUAUUAUUAUUAUUUAAUAACUACCUGAAAAGGAAUGCAUUUUUACUAUACAUUUCAUCAAAAUAUAAAAGGCCUAACAAAAAUCACACAUAAAAGUUAAUAAAAUAGAUAUCACUCAAAUUAGUGCUUUAAUUGUUGACAUUGUUAAAAUCAAUAAUUAAUGAACUCCAUUGAACUCAUGUGUCUUGGCUCCAUUGAAGAUAUCUUCUGGAAAUUUUGAAUUUUGUAAUUCCUGGGCUAGGUUUGUGCAAGAGAUUUGUACAGUGGUUAGUUGUACAUUUGGCGCCUCUGAAAGGCAAGCAAAUGGACAGAGAAUAAUUAGAUCACGGCUUCUUAACUGGGGUGAUUCUCCUCUCCUGUCUGGUGACAUUUGCCAGUGUCUGCAGACUUUUUUGUGGGAUCUUAGUUCCCCCACCAGAGAUGGAACCCAGACCCUUGGCAGUGAAAGCUCAGAGUCCUGACCACUGGAUCACCAGGGAAUUCUUAGGAGAUAUUUUUGAUGGUCAUGGUUUGGAGGGUGCUGCCAGCAUCUAAUGGAUAGAGGCCAGGGGUCCUACUAAAGAUCUACAAUGCAUAGAGCAGCCCCCCAACAAAGAAUUACCCACGUGAAAAUUCUAGUAGUGCCAAGGUUGAGAAAUCCCAGAUUAGACCAAAAUGAUAUUUUGAUUAUUCCUUAUUGUCUUCACUUACAUGUUCAUGUCAUUCAAAGUAUGACUACAAUUUAAUGAGAAUGUUUUCUCAGAGUAGAUUACAGUUUGGCAUUAUUUUAUAGUGAUAGUUCACAAGUAUGCCAUACAGAUUUCCUUUCCUGUGGUUAGAUAGAUAUAUCUCAAUCUAGGAGUUGUGAGUGUGUGUGCUUAUGUGUGGGAACAUGUGCUUAUAGCAUAAAGUUAGUAUAUCCAUCCUUACCGGAAUAUAUGUGUUCCUAAGUGAGGAUCUUUCUAGAAUUAUCUUUCACAGUACUCUGGCAUACUCUAUUACUCUUAAGUUAAAUUCUAAGUUCCCGUUAUUUUAUUUUCUUGAAAUUGAGACCCUCAGAAUUGGGCCUCAUUAUUUGCCAAAUUUGGUUGAUUACAUUUUAAUGUUACUGACCCUUAAGAUUCAGCUCAGAAGAGAUUUGGGUUGCAGUAGACACAUUUCAUAAGAAAGUAUUUCAUCACUUUUGAUGCACCUGCAAGGAGAAGGCAUCAUCCUCUAACAUAUUAGUCUAAUUUUUAAGUUAUAUUUUAGUGGCAAAAAUUAGGUUGCUCCAUGGAGAUAAAUGAGGGAAUGAAGAGACUGAAAAUGAGUACCUGAUGUGAAUUUUUAUUUUUAUUAGCUCCAAUUGGAGAACUGCACUGAUGUUAUAGAUCAUGAGUAAGAAAGACUUCUGUUUGAUUUUAAUUAGACUUUGGUCAAAUUAAGAUGCCUGAAGGAUUAAGUCUUUCAUAAGAAAGUAAUUUUUUUAUGACAAAACCCACUGAAAUGUUGUGAAGUAAUUAGCCUCCAACUAAUUAAAAAAAAAAAAAAGAUAAUAAUAGAAAAAUUAAAAAAAAAAGAAAGUAAUUUUUUAUAUGAAAGAUUUUUUAUGGAAGAAGACCCUGGAGACAUGCUUUCUAUAGUAUUUGACCAAUCGUUUAUACAGUAUUGUGCAUCUAAAUUGAAAGUAACACAAGAAGUUAAGGAGUGCUUCCUGGAUUUUGUUUCUGUAUAGUUCACUUUUACUUAUUUUAACAAGGGCAAAUGAUUCAAAAUGAUCCAGAGUGACAGAUGUUCAAACAGUACUCUGUGUUUGGCUUUGUGAUGUUUCAUGCCCUUUUCUGGACUAAAAACCUUGUUUAGGUUAAAUAUAACUUGUACCUGAAGCAAUGGGCAACCUGGCUUAAAAAUCUAUAUGGAAAAUAACUGGGGAAAUCCUAGGAUUCUGAAUUUGCCAAAAGUAUUCUAAGAUUAGUCCAAAGCUUUACAGGAGUGUUAGUGAUAAUUUCAAAUAGAAAUAAUAACCCAUGACAUUGUCAGCAACUCAGGUUUGUCAUUUUAUUAUAUACCACCUCCUGUUUCUCAGUUUGGAAAAUCAGUCACCUAGGGUUUUCAUUUCUAUAUUUAAAAAUACUGAUUGUAUGAAAAUUUUAACUGAUAAACCCUUGUUAGGAGGGACCUAAAGAGGAAAAUAAUAAGUCACAGUCCACGGAAGACUUCAGGAAAUGCUUAUUGGGUUGUAUAAAACUUUCCCACCAAAAUCAGGUAAUAUAUGCUGUCAGUAGAGUUUCAAAGAUCAAACUCUAAGAGGACUUUUAUGGGAGCUUUAGGAAGAGCAUGUGGAGGAAUAAGGCUUGAGAAUAAUACUGUGCUUUUUAUUUCUUCGUUUUCCCAGUGUAGAGGUCUCCUCUGAGAUGAUCUGAUUUUGGUGGGCACACAUCAGGAAUGGACAUGGGCAGACAAUAUGGAGGCACCUGAAACAUUGGUCAAGCCUCUUACAAAAUGAACAGUGUGUGUGUGUGUGUGUGUGUGUGUGUGUGUGUGUUAGUCACUCAGUUGUGUCUGAUUCUUUGCGACCCCAUGGACUAUAGGCCGCCAGGUUCCUCUGUCCAUGGGAUUCUCCAGGCAAGAAUACUAGAGUGGGUUGCCAUGCCUUCUCCAGGAAAUCUUCCCGACACAGGGAUCGAACUCAGGUCUCCUGCAUGGCAGGCAGAUUCUUUACCCUUUGAGCCACCAGGGAAGCCCCAAAUGAACAGUAACUACAACUAAAUAUGACUAGCAGUUUAGGCAACUUCAGUGAACAGCAUGCUGGGGUGAAGAAGAGGCAAAUGGAAAGGAAGAUAAACCAAGUCCCCAAGCUUUCCACGUACAAAGGGUCAGAGAAGUCUCUGCUCUUGGCCUUGGCCUUCCAGCACUCUCUAUCUCUGUCUACUACCACGGAAGAUCUCCCAGCUCUGAGGUCAAGCUAGUAGUCUUGUGACUAGAGAGUUGGUGUGCAAAUUUGCUGGAAAGCUUAGAUUUUUACACUGCCUUAAACAUUUUUUUUUUUAAAUUUAUACUUGUGCUCACUAAAUUUGAAUGUCCCGUGACAGAAUCCUGGUCAUCUUGAACCUAAUUAUGGCCCUGCCAGCGUUUAUUAAAAAUGAAACUCCGCCCCC